AUGGCGCCGUUUGUCGAUAAACUUGACCCAUUUGUCCUGUACGGACCAAGUCCACAGGCACCCAAUGGAGAGGACACCCCUCCCAGUCUCACUGACCCUCUCACCACCGUCACGCUCACCAUCGGUCAAGGCUCCAACAUGCGUACCUACACCCUCUUCCAGGAAUUUGCAAGCUACCAUUCCCCCAUGCUGGCAGCUGGUUUCAAUGGACCCUUCCGCGAAAGCCAAACCCGACACAUGGUGAUCGACGACUUCCAAUGGCCUGAGAUCUUUGGCAACGUCCAACACUGGAUGUAUACCCGCACUCUCUGCGGCCCCAAUGAUGCCAAGCUUCUCACCUCUGGCCUGUGCCUUGUCUGGAUCCUCGCCGACCGCUUGAUCAUGCCUAAGCUGCAGAACGACGUUAUGGACGAGCUGUUUACCAAGAGAGGUCCUAGCCGCCCACUACCACUUAUCUGCUGGCUAUACAAGAUACCUAUCCCUGAUGGAAAGCUGAGAGAGUUGUGGGUUGAUCGCUGGGCUUUUGAGUGCAAUAAGGGGGGUGCGGAGGGGGAGGCGGGAGACCUUGUUAUGCCGGCGCAGUUCUUGCUUGAUGUCUCGUUGGCAUAUGAGAGGGAUGGUAGAGAGUUGCGAAAUGUGAUUGCAAUUGGUGGAGAGUGGGGAAGAGCGAAAGGUGGUAGGAGAUUGUUGUUGGAGGACUACUUGGUUGAUGAGCAGUGA